CUUUAGUUCCUCACCGGACCUAAAGCAGGGGUGCAGAGAAACGGGCAUGGCGUCCUUCAAUUUUAGUCAACUGUUAUUGACACUGUGGCGUUAGCUUACCUGUAUUUAUGCUGUCAUCGAACAAUUCGUCAUGAUGGUGAUUAGAGCUGCGUGUCAGGUUCUCCAACGCCGCUUGACGUCGACCGCAGCGGCUGCACGUCUGUCAACAGCAGAGGCCCUCAGCCAUCGCAAUGCAGUCUUCUCCAGAGAGCAGGCCAGGCAGCGAGGUCUGUACCCCCGUGUGGAGAAGAUUGAGGUGUCCAUGCAGGGCCAAGGGUUGGAUGGUACUCUGCUCGUCAUGAACCGAGGGAUGUCCACGCCGCUGAGUUGCGCCAGGCACUUGACAGAGUAUCAUGUGACCAACUCCGUUUUGGCCCUGGUGGAUGGAGAGCUGUGGCCUCUCCAUCAGCCGCUUACUCACUCCUGCACUCUCACGCUACUCACGUUUAAAGACAGCGACCCCACUUUGGUCAACGAGGCUUAUUGGCGGUCCUGCACUGCCCUCCUUGGUCAGGUGCUAGAAACGGCAUUUAAGGACGAGUUCUCUGUGCAGUUGCUCAGCACACCAGAGGUGCCAGUCACUUCCGGGGCUUUCCUUUGUGAUGUGGUGCUGGACCCUCAUCUGGACUCCUGGACUCCCUCCGAGGAGUCAUUGCAGUCUCUGACGAAAGGGGCCCAGCAGCUCAUCAUGCAGGAUCUGGCUUGGGAGCCUUUGGAGGUCUUUCCCUCUGUGGCACAGGAAGUCUUCUUACACAGCAGGUACAAACAGGAAGAGGUGCAGCAGAAGGCAGCGCAGAAUCCCAAAGGGACCGUGAUGCUUUAUAGAUGCGGGGACCAUGUCGUAUUGAGUGGGGGCCCCCUGGUGGCCAGAACAGGUCUGUGCUCCCAGUAUGAGGUGACGGCUCUCCACAAUUUGGGCUCAGGGCCUUGGGGCCUGCACCGCCGAGCACAGGGCCUCUCACUGCCAGUGCAGCUGCAGGCCCACCACACAGUCUGGAGGAAACUGAGGCAGCGGGCAGAGAAACUGGUGGAGGUGCAGCCGCCUGAGGAUCCGACCCCGCCCCCUGCUGCUGCCCCUUCUCCAUCUUCACCCAACCAGUAACACCGUAUCUGUAACUACACACACACAGUGACAUGUAUCAUUUGUUCAAUAAAAGUGUCAAAACAAUUCUUG